AUGCGUCCACAAUGGGAGAAGUUCAAAGAAAAGGCCUCGCCGGGGAAAAAGUGCCAGCCAAAGACUCCAUCUCUACUGUCGGGAGGUGUCGAGCUGGGCAACGCGAAGAGGGAGGGCUCUGGGCCGUUGUCCGAAGACUCCCCGCCCGAUUCUAUCUCGGACAAUCAGAAUGGCGCCGGCAUCGACGACGAGCCGUCGGAACUAGUGCAACCAGACUUGAAUACGACCCCACAAGCCCGUCUCGAGCAGCCCUCCCGUCCUCCCAUUCCCGAACAUACGCCCAGCCCAUCGCUCCUCCUCAUUGGAACACUUUGGAAAGAUGCAGCCGAUAGCCUUGAAAAGAAAGAUCGUGAAAAGGUCGACCUUCUUCUAUCCAAACAAGGAAUGGAGGGAAUGACUGAAGGGUGCAAGGAAAGCUCACCACACGAUGGUGAGGAUGGCCCACCCGCCGUCGUCAAUUCUAUUCUUUCCAAGGCAGAGAAGAUCAAGAAAGCCAAGAAGGGAGCCUUGGCUCCUGCAAUGGACACAAUCAUCACCGGGGUUUUGAGAUUCAAGUCUCUCGGCGACGCGGCGGUGAAGUUCGACAAGUCUGGCUAUGCAGCCCUGGGCUGGUCUGUCCUGUCGUUCGGCCUGCAAGUCGCUGUAAACGAGAAAGGCGCUCGCGAAUGCGCCAUCUCCAGUAUCGAGUUUAUCACGGAUUUCAUGGCAAGAUAUGCCGAGUAUGAGAAGCUGUUCAGAGGGCAAGCACAGCCUGAUGGCAAGUUUGACCACCAGCUAGUGCAAGUGUAUAAGGCUGUCCUUCUCUACAUGGUAGCUUUGGACGAGUAUUUGUGCCUACGGAGGCCAGCGCGCUAUACACGCGCAUUUUAUGAACCUCAUGAACGUGCCAUUCAGAAGGGAAAGGACGCGAUUGUUUGUGCAGAUGCUCAGGCUCAAGCUUGGCUUCCCAUUGUCACGUCUAGGAUUCAAAAGGACAACUUCGCCAACCUUUUGGAAAAGCCCACAACACAAUGUUCUCCAGUAAGCUUGCCAUGGACACACGAUUAUUUGGAGUCCUGUCUGAAAUCGCUGGCCUUUCUCGAAAUGGACGAUCGGACUAGGGAUAUUGAUCCCGCUUUUGAGGGUACUUGCGAGUGGCUGUUUAAACACGACAUGUACCGGCGCUGGGUUGCUUGUGAUCAAGGCCUGCUCUGGAUCAAGGGGAAACCCGGUUCGGGAAAGUCAACAUUAUUGCGAUACGCUCUUGAUCGUGUCCGUGUUUCUUCCAAUAAUAGGGAUAGAGCUUUUGUUCUCUCAUUCUUCUUUCACGGUCGCGGUAACAAGCUCCAAAGGACGCCGCUCGGCCUCUUUCGGUCGCUCCUCCAUCAGCUCCUCAGUCGCGCGCCCGAUGAGCUGCCGGAUCUCAAGGCUGCUUUCCAGAAACACUACAACAGCUUUGGCGAACCGGGCAAAGGCUGGGAGUGGGAACUGCCCGAGCUGCAACGUCUAUUCGAGUCAGCAAUCGCAAAAGGCUUGGAGAAUCGGCCGAUCUGGCUAUUUGUUGACGCAUUAGACGAGACCGGCAGACAGAAUGCGGUUGAGUUGAUUGGGAAGCUAGAGUCCAUGGUCGGGCGUCUCACAGCUACCAAGUUUCCGUUUCGCAUUUGCUUCAGUUGUCGCCAUUACCCCAUUUUGGAGUUGGACUGCAAUCAUGAAAUCUGCCUUGAGCAUGAAAAUGAAAAUGCAAUUGCGGCCUACGUCAACCAUAAGCUUUCUGGCUUCUCAAGAAGAGCAUCAUCUGUGAUUCCAACUUUGAUUAUCAGUCGCGCAAAUGGUAUCUUUCUGUGGGCGUCUCUCAUGGUGGAACGGGUUCGGGCCCAUGAGCGUGACGGUGAUGGAUUGUCGAGGAUCGAAGACGAGAUCCGUUCUAUCCCUCCAGAUCUCUAUCAACUAUACCGCGACCUCUUACGAGGCAUGACAUCAGACUCACUCAAGUUGGUCCAAUGGAUCUGCUUUGCCACCCGGCCCUUGUCUUUGGAGGAACUACGAUGGGUCAUGGUCAUCGACGCCGAUUGUCCCUUCAAGUCCCUGAGGGAGUGCCAGAACGCAGGGGAUUUCCCAAGCACUCCCGACAUGGUGGAGACGAGACUUAAAAGGCUAACUUGUGGUCUUGCUGAAGCCGUGGGGUCAUACAAGACAAAGGUUGUGCAAUUUAUUCAUCAGUCGGUCAGGGACUUUUUCAUCGACCAAGGCUUAUCAAUCCUCACUGGGUCCCGCAAGUGGGUUGCACACUGUAUCCGCCAGUCGGCCAGGGACCUUCCAAAAACUCUUCAAGACCAUUUUAUCGAGAAGAGCCUAUCAGCUUUACAAGUCAGUCCAAAUAUGUCAGCAACUUUGGUCGGGUUUGCUGCGGUGUUCAUGUUGUACGUGGACUGCUUCAUCAGGGUUCAUCGAAGCCUCUUGCCGCAUCAGGCUUUCCCGUUACCUGCCGUUCUCGCUAUCGUCACUGCUUUCUGGCUGCACGAGGCGUCAAUAAAGGCCGCAAAAGCCAAGUUCGCAGUCGGGACCGCACACUAUCGGCUCUCUAGGACCUGCUUGCACUACCUGGCAAUGGAGGAGAUAGCACUUUCAACAAGCUAUGGUAGAGAUGGCCUUGAGUCUCAGUUUCCGAUGCUACUCUACGCCACCGAGUCAUGGGUGGAGCAUGUACGACAAAGCGAGGAACACGGGAUCUUUCAAGGAGACCUUCUGGGCCACUUCUUGCCAUCCAAAGACCAUUUCCAUCGCUGGGUGAAGUUCCACCGUAUCAUGCAGUUGCAGCCAUUCGACUGCCCAUCAAAAGGAAUGCGUAUGAUUCACAUGAUGUCGGCAUAUCAGUUGAUGGGACCCUUACAGAUGCUGUUGCAAGAAGCAGACAAGGCUGGCACUGGUGUUGAUGAAAGGGAUGGGGAUGGCAGAACACCGUUGUCAUGGGCUGUCUCAAGAGGGCAUGAGGCUGUCGUUCAGCAUCUGCUGGAUAGAGGGGCUCAGGUUCAUGCGGCUGAUUGGAUGGCCCAGACACCAUUGUAUUGGGCUGUUCAGACAGGGAAUGGUGCUGUUGUGCAGCAGCUGCUUGAUCGAGCAGGUAAGCUUACUAAAGCUGAUAUAUGGGGCCAGAUGCCAUUAAUUUGUGCUAUCGAGAGAGGGGAUAAGGCUAUCGUGCAGCAGCUUCUUGAUCGAGGAGUUGAUGUCGAUAAAGGUCAUCGAGUGGGCGUGACGCCAUUGUGUUGUGCUAUCCAGGCAGGGAAUAUGACCAUCAUGCGGGAGCUUCUUGAUCGAGGAGCAAAUAUCGACAAUGGUGGUCAAUGCGCCCAGUCGCCAUUGUGUUAUGCUAUCGAGAGAGGGGAUGUGGUCAUUGCGCCCAUCGUGCAGGAGCUGCUUGAUCGAGGAGCAAAUAUCGAUAAAGGUGAUCGAUUGGGCGUGACGCCAUUAAUACGUGCUAUCGACAGGGGGCAUAAGGCCAUCGUGCAGGAGCUGCUUGAUCAAGGAGCAGAUAUCGAGACUGGUGAUGAAUGGGGUAGAACCCCAUUGUGGUGGGCUGUCGAGAGAGGGGAUAAGGCCAUCUUGCAGUUGCUGUGUGAUCGAAAAGAUAUUCUUUAA